UCGGGACUGCAGCUGCUGCUUGCUUCCCGGUGGCGCACCACCCAGACACUGGCGCAAUGCUGCUUUGCUCGUAGGUCUUCCAUUCCUUGCACAUUGGUGAAUGAGAGGAAACACGUAUCCCUCUCUUGUUCAUGGGCUUCACAAGGGGCCCUCAUAAGGCAUUUCCUGCCCCAGAUGAAACAGUGCUCGUACACUGGUGUUUCAUUGGGAUGGGCGCACAGGAGGAUUGUGGGCACUCAGGGUCAGCCUAUGCUUCCCCCAUCCAAUGGCAUUCGGUGGGGGCCUGGCAGAGCAGGACUCUCUGUAAAGGCAGGGGGCGAGGGUGGCAUUACAAGGUGGAAACUCUUUUCCAUGGCAGCAGCAGGGGGGCCAUUUGCAGCAGCAAUGAUGUGGGUGCUCACAGGAGAUGACUGGGCACGGCAAGCGAAGCUGGCAUAUGCGGUUCCUGAACGGUUGAGCAGGGACACUUUCACGUCUUUGGUAACGAUGCUUGACUAUGUGAUCUCUCUUAGGGGCAUACCAGAUGGUCCAGAGAGGGAGAAGGUGCUCCAUGAAUGCCAUUUGAGAGGAGCAAAGAGGCUUGAAGCUCUCUGCUUCAGAAAUGGAGGCAUCUAUAUCAAACUUGGGCAGCACUUGGGACAGCUCGAUUAUCUUCUCCCUGAGGAGUACGUAAAAACUAUGCGCCAAGGCAUGCUUAACAAAUGUCCUCUCUCAUCACGCGACCAGGUUCACAAUGUUUUCCUAGCUGAAUUCGGUCGAUUACCCCACGAGCUGUUUGCAGAGUUUGACUACUCUCCUGUGGCCAGUGCGUCGCUGGCACAAGUCCAUGUGGGAAAGACACACGACGGGCAGAAAGUUGCUGUGAAGGUCCAGCAUGGGCACCUCACCGACACAGCCACGGCGGAUAUUGCUACCGUCACACUUGUUGUGAAGCUUGUGCACUUCCUUAUGCCAUCCGUGAACUAUGGGUGGCUGGUGGAUGAAGUGCGCGAGAGUCUUCCCAAUGAACUUAACUUCCUGCACGAGGCAGAAAACUCCAGACGAUGCCGUAAGAACUUUGAACACCAGUCACCCUAUUUGGCACCGCUUGUUGCCAUACCGACUGUGCUGUCGGGCUUGUCAACAAGCCGCGUUCUCACGAUGGAGUUCAUGGAGGGUGUGCCCAUCACUGAUAAAGACGCUAUCAAGAAGAUGGGGCUGAACCCAGCAGAUGUUGCCAGGCUCCUGAGUAAGUCGUUUGCGGAAAUGAUAUUUCAUCACGGCUUUGUGCACUGUGAUCCACAUGGAGCAAAUGUGCUUGUGAGACGCUUGCCACAGGCUGGUCGAUUCUGGUUUCCAAAAUGGUUCGCUCGACCUCAGAUCGUGUUGCUUGAUCAUGGUCUGUAUCGUAUUCUCGAUGACUCGCUCCGUCUCAACUAUGCGUCGCUUUGGAAGGCAUUAGUAUUCUCGGACGAAAAUGCAAUCCGUGAACAUAGUAAGGCGUUGGGAGCAGGGGAAGACCUCUACAGACUAUUUGCGGGGAUCUUGACAAUGCGCCCAUGGAACCAUGUAAUAGACACAUCGAUCGACCACUUGAAGAUACCAGACACCGAAGAGGACAAGGCACAGAUCCAGUUUUACGCUGCACAAUACGCAAUGGAGGUCUCGACAUUGUUGGCACGACUGCCGCGUGUGUUGCUCCUGCUCCUCAAGACCAAUGACUGUCUGCGGGCAACGGACAACGCACUUGGUGCACCAGUCAAUACAUUCAUUAUCAUUGCUAGAGAGUGUACACGCGCUUUGGCAAGGGCAAAGAGGGAGGCAGAACCAGGUAGCUUGUGGCUUCAAUGUAUGGUAAUCAUGGAGCUGAUGGGGGUGGAAGUACGGAUUUUUGCACUGAGGUUUCUCGCAAUGCUGGCAAAUGUGAAGCUACUCCCGUCUUUCGCCUAGAUGCACCGACAGGGAGUCCAGCCAGACCAUUGCACUGACUGCUUCAGUUUUGAUCAGCAGAUGACACUAAAGCCCACUGCCAUCUG